AUGAGCGCAGGCUCUGUGCCCAGCAUUGAGGGUCCCUCCCGCUUCUCACCCUCGGCCGUGACACAAUGGCAACAAUCACGACGAAAAUCCGUGUCAAACGCCUGCGAGCGAUGUAGGCGAAGAAAAAUUCGGUGCGAUGGCGACACGCCAUGCGCAACUUGCAGCCGUUUCUCGCUGGCAUGUGUGCGGAGUCAAAAGUCGAAAGAGAGUAUACAAUCGGAGCACCAAGUCGCCUUAGAAAAUCGAAUACAUCAACUAGAAGCUCAGUUAGCUGCCCAUAUGAAUGCGCCGAUGCAUGGUAUGGAGUCCAUUAGCCAAUCUCUCAUUGGAGGACAAGCGGCUUUUGACUGGCAAAGUCCACCGCAGCUCACCCUGGACACAAAUUUUUCCACGCCAUUCAAUCCGGACACCGAUAUUGACAUGGCUUCUUUCUCCGCGACUAGUAUACCGUCCAUUGCAAUUACGAAAUGCGAGCCGACGCCCAACGACACCUCACCGUCAUCGCCCGUACCUGACUUUUGGGACGGCACAACUCGAGCGUCAUCACCUGAAAUGCUCCCCACGUCAGCACCGCAGUUCGCUACAAGCGUUGUACCACCUACCGGUGGCAAGGCCUUCUCGCCGCCCAUAACCCCCCAUGUGGCGCCGUCCUGGGAAUUCCUUGCACAAGAGAGUUCAGGCCAUCUUAAGCCAAACACCACGCAUCCAAAAAGCACCUCUCGACGAUCUUCCGUCUCAUCAUUCUCUCUCGAUAACGAAGAUGCUUCUAUUUCGCCAUUCCCCGACUUUGAAAGUCAGAUUGAGAUGCCUCGGCUGCCACGCCAAGGCAUAUUUGCCCCUAGAGUCGAUAGCCCAACGGCGAUGAGCUCUGGUCCAAACUUCACCGACCGUAGUAGAGCCAUCACGUCCGCACCCUUCCCGAGUCGGUUCGAAGCUGAAACAUUGACUGGUGUGUUCCUUAAUCAUAUCGCAGCCUUUGAGUCCAAACCGUAUGCUAUUACUCCCUCAAUAUUCCGACAGAUAUUCGACACAGUAUAUCCUGAUCCGAAUCGCGGCCCAGCUUUCGAUACAUCGGUCUCGGUUGGCAUGGCUCGCUUUCAUGUCUUCUUUGCAAUGACCAUUGGCAUGAAAAUUAGAAUCCAAGGAACUGCCGAAAGCAAUUCGUUACUGGAGAGAUGUUAUGAAUUAGCAAUGCAACAAACAUCUUCAGCAACCUUCUGGCAGGAGAUAGGCGGCGUUGAAGCAAUACAGCUUCUAUCUAUAUUCUCCUUGUUGGGGAGAGAAUCCAAUUUCGAGCCCAAGCCUCUUCAGCAGUCCUGGUCUUGGUGA